ACCACAACAUAUGAUGGCUACCUAUCCAUUUUGGCAAUAAAAAUGUAUGUGGAUUGUUAUAACUUGCAUUGAAAUUAUAAAAAAUAUUUUUCUUUUGCUUUGGAUAGUGUGUCGAAGGUUUAGAACUUCUGUAUCCAGGGGCGGACUGACCAUUUGGAAACUCGGGCACUGCCCGAGGGCCCGGGAUGCCCCCUGGUACCUUUUUCAUAGGCUUUUUUGAGUUUGGUCAAGGACACAAGGGCCCCAUGAUCCCCUAUUGCUCGGGGG